UUGGGUCACUGAAAUAUCUAAUAUACAGACAACUUCCUUCAGUGCUUGAUCAUAAUAACGUGUUAAAACCUCAUCUUCUUCUCUUAARAUUAUAAUCGUCUCGUCCAAAAUGAUGUCCAUGAAUAACAUGACGAAAGAAAACUCUUCAAUGGGGAUGAAUAUGGAUGGUAUGGACGGAAUGAUGAUGAAAAUGUACUUCCACCUAGGCACCAAGGUGACAAUUCUUUUUAAAGGAUGGUCAGUGGACACAGUUGGAGGUCUAGUUGGGUCCUGUAUUGCUAUGUUCAUCCUUGCAGCACUAUAUGAAGGUUUAAAAGUGUCCAGAGAAUUACUGAAGCGCAAAUAUGGCUAUGUUGUCAGUAUUGAUUUGGGCAAAAAUGUUUACGAGCAAAAUGGAAGAGGGUCAGUCACAGUAACAGAAACAACAGCAGAAAUUCCAAGGUCAAAGAUGUGCGAUGGUCACCAUAUAGGUCAGACUUUCCUGCACAUGGUACAAGUCACCCUCAGUUACUUUCUGAUGUUGGUCUUCAUGACGUACAACUUCUGGCUAUGCCUUGCUAUUGUGCUCGGCGCUGGCUGUGGAUACUUUCUCUUUGGUUGGAAGGCUACAAAAAUUGUCGAUGUCAACGAACACUGUCAUUAAUGCUAAAUUUUAGAUGAGAAUUCCUACCUUAAAACUUCA